AUGAGUGGUUUUGGGCAGAAAGACAUUCUGGGUGCCAUAGAAGAAACGCUUCAGGGAAUAGAGGACAUUGCGGAGAUGCCGUACGUUGACCCUCGCGAGCCCCUCAGCCAGCGUGCCUCGAUAGACCGUAGCAUCUCCCUGGGCAUGGUCGUCCCCACCAAGCCAGCUUCUCGCUCACCCCUCAAGGCUAUCUCCAUGGAUGACGCCAUGGUCGGUCAGCCGAGCGCCUGUUCUCCGAAGGCGUACCACCGUCACCACCAAGAGGACGCCGUGUCGCGACCUCUGGUGUGCGCUGCCCUCGGCGUAGUGGCCCUGGCUGUGGUCGCGCUGUCCAUACUGGCGGUGCGCCGUGUGCAGAGCCCUAUGCGCACAGCCCCCGACGUCUGCGACACUGAAGACUGCCUGCAGCACGCGACGGCGAUCCUGGCAACCUUGGACGAGUCUGCAGACCCUUGCGUGGACUUCUACGCGCGCGUCUGCGGCCACGGUGGCCAGUGGACAUCUGGGAGCAGGGGCACGUUGGCCCACGCCUACAGCCGGGAAGUCAUGUACACUCUCGGCGAUCCACAGGCACUCCUGGCCGGUGAGUCCAUUCCUCCUGCGUCAACCACGGCCUUCACUGCUCUUAGGCAGUGCCUAGAUAGGGGCAGAAGCUCGGAGGACGAGAACUUCGUGGCGUUUAUGCGCAACCGGUGGAUACCGUGGCCGCUUUCCGCGGUUGCUCCCGGUCAGAACGCCGUGUCAUCUGACGUGCUCGACGUUCUGCUGGACCUCGCCGUCAAGUGGAGGGUGGCUCUGUGGUUCGACGUCACCGUGUCGACAGCUUGGGCGCACGACGGCGCCCCCGUCGUCAUAAUCAGCGAGCACGGCGACGUUCCCGGGCUUCGCAUGGAACAAUUAGAAGAGCUCAACGACACCGCUUACGACGACGUCACUAGGAAAUUGUCCGGAUUUCUCAGCAGUGGCCGAGUGAAGCUGGACGACGUGGCGCUCAAAGAACUGCGCCGCGACGAAGCAGCCUUCAGGAAGGUCCUACUCAGCGGAGACGAUGGAGACGAACGAUUCGACGACCUCGUCCCGCUGAGCGACGUCACCGUCGUCUUCGGUAACGGCGCGUCUUCGGCUGAGUGGACGAGACUCCUCAACAAACACUUGAACGGCGCCGUCAACGUUUCCGCCGACACCAGGCUCCUUAUAACAAACGAGCCGCGAUUUGCGAGGAUCGGCGGCCUGGUAGACUCGAUGCCGGCAUCGAGAAUCCUUAACGUUGUUGGGUGGAUGUUCGCUUACUCAUACGCCUGGAUCGUCAACGCCGAUUUCGACUUCCUUUCACCGAGUACUGAAGGCCUCGCGGAGUACAUACAGUGCUUCGUUGCGGUGCAGGAAUCGUUCGGGAUCGUACAAGCGAUUCCACUCUACCGGAGAGCGUUCGACCCGUACGAAAGGCAAAAGGUGAACGCCACACUCAAGUGGACGUCUCUCGCGCUGCUCAGAUCCGUGCGGGCUUCGCCGAGAAUCGCAAAAUCGACGAAGACGGAAGCACAGAGCAAGGUCUAUUCACUGGCUUCGUCGCGCCAACUGUGGCCUCCCGAGCCACAUCACUUGCAAGGAGGAUCGCUCGACUUGAUCUACGCGAACUUUACUGGGGAUGCCAAGAAUUUCUUCGGAACGUGGCUCGAGUCCAGGAAGGCCUUGAGGACGACGAUUGCCACGCCGUAUUAUGACAACCUAAUGACGUCCAGGUAUCGCUGGCCCUCGGGAAGCGUGCUCUAUCUUUACGCAUUGAACGAGCUUCGCCUUAGCCUGGCCGCCCUGUUCCCACCGUCAUACCGGCGAAGCGGAUCGGCCGCCAUGACGUACGCAGGUCUCGGGUUCAACUUGGCAACGCAAGCACUGCGUUCGGUGGACCUGCGUGGACGUGAAUUGGACAGCGCAGGCCGCAACACUUCGUGGUGGCAACCGGGCAAGCCGGGAGAAAGCCCCUGCAGGUUGGACGCCGCCAAGUCUGUCGCCGAGCGCCGCUCGAUCGCUGACCUCUUCGCCCUCGACGUGGCGUUGGCCGCCAUGAAGCUUAGCUCGCAGGAGAACCGGGACAAGCGGACCCUGCGACUCAAGUCGCUCGAGUUCCUCACGGCCACGCAGACUUUCUACGUCAGCUAUUGCAGCCACUACUGCGGGGAGCCCGACGGACGACGGCGGUGCAACCUGGCCAUGAAUGGCUCCGAGUUCGGCAGAUCGUUCCACUGUCGCCCUGAGCAGCCAACACCACAGACCUGUGUUUUUGUCUAGAACAGAAAUCGGUGUUAUCCGUUUCGCCGUUCGGGC